CGUUGCCUCACAACCAGCGAGACCAGCGUAGGAGGACGAAGAUGUUCGCUAAUGUUUUCCCCUCAGAGCGCCAGUCAGGCGAGGCCUCGUUUUGGCCGCCCUCCCCGCCGCCGGAGGAGGAGAAGAAGGUGAAGCGGCCCAUGAACGCCUUCCUCGUGUGGUCGAGCGCGGAGCGGCGCCGGGUGGCGGAGGCCUUCCCGCGGAUGCACAACUCGGAGAUCUCGAAGCGCCUGGGCGCCGCCUGGCAGCUCCUGCCCGAGGCCCAGAAGCGGCCCUUCCGCGAAGAGGCCCAGCGCCUCCGCGCCCAGCACCUCGCCCGCCACCCCGACUACAAGUUCCGGCCCCGGAGGAAGAGAGCCCGAGGCCCCAAGGCCGCCCCCUCAGCCGCAGGAGCAGCAACAGGCCACGCCCCCACCGGGGCAGGCCACGCCCCCGUCUACCAGGCCACGCCCACCAGCCUCCCGGCCUACAGCAGCAUGCAGUCCGCUCCAGCGUUUGCUCUGAACAUGAAAGAGCCCAGCGCCCAGCUCGAGGCUCCCGUUACCUACCCGCUGAGCAACUUCCACGACAUGAUGGUGGCCUAUGGGCUGCAGGGCUGUGACUUUGAGGAGCGGUCCGUUCCCUACGGCCUGCCCCAGGCCCCUUACCAAUCCCUGGGCUUUGGGAGCCCCCUUUCCUUGACCCCCCUUUGACGCCUUGAGAGACUGAGACCUCUAGGAGAGAGACGCUGAGCAUCGAUAGGUUAGUCCCGUUUGUAGGUGGUCGGGUGGGAUUUGGGGUUAUUUUUGUACAAAGUGAAGGAAAUAUUUUCAAGGGCGAGAGAAACUCCUGCUGGCAGGAUGACCCAGGAUGUUUACAUCCCCAAGUGCCUUCUGCUGCCAUUCUGUUUUCUAAAGCAUUAAUAUGAUUGUAGGGCAAGAAUAUGUAACAUUAACCACGAAGGUGGGUAGGGGGGUGAGGGAGAGUUUUGUAGUGACUAUAUAUAUAUUUUUGAAACAUGCUCUUUUUUUACAAACAUUGCAAAUAAAUACCUCUUGCAUUCCUGAGAA